AUGGUAUAUUCAGCUUGUUUCAAAAAGAUCAACAACGAUUUAGAAAAUUUGAUCACGAAGUAUGAUCAACCACAUUUAGUCAGGUGGUUUUAUCAUAAGCAGAAAAACUCUUUUUUGCUAAAGGAGCUUAAAGCUUUGAAGAAACAACACUUGAAGAUUAGCGAGUCAGUGCAGAUGCUAAAUAUAAUUUUCAGUCCGCAGCUUCUUGCAACCAUAAUCUUCAUCAUCAUCAUCAUUACUUUCGAAUUGUACUUCAAUAUGAUAGAUUGGCGAAAUGGAUUGUCUAUCAGUUGGAUCAGACAGAUUAGCCACAGAAAUGUAAUGCCCUACGUUGUAUUUUAUGCUGUCAAAAUAGCAUUGAUAGUAUGGGUCUGUGAAGCUGGCAAAAAUCAAGCCAUAAAAAUCAGCACUAUUGUUCAUGACCUGCUUAAUAACACUAAUGACGAGCAAAUCAAACAUGAGUUGCAGUUGUUUUCUUUGCAAAUAAUGCAUCGUGACAACACAUUCUCUGCAAAAUGUCUCUCUCUGGAUGCGACACUUCUCACAAUGGUGAGUAAGCAAUCAAUUAACAUUUGUUUGAAUACCUUAAAUUAA